AUGUCUCGAAAGGGUAAUCUUCAUGUUGUUGAAGAAAUAUAUAAUCAGUUGCCAGCCUUCACCGAUGUCUUCUCCGAAGACACUUUCUACAUGUUUGCGGCUUUGUUUGUUGUGUCUACAAUAAUAGUUGCAUUUAUACUAUCAAGAUUCAUUACAAUUAAACCUGUAGAAUAAAUAAAAAUGAAGAAACAAAAGUAUGGAAUAAGUGUCUUAAAUUCUUGAUUACUGGAUAUUUUUUGGCUGAAUAUAAAGUACACGAACAAUCAAGAUGUGACAAAAAUUUACUACUGCUUCUGUUGCACAUUUUAUUUUGUCAGGACAUACAACAAUUACUUUCUGUCAUAUUUUGUGCUUGUUAUGUGCGAGAUAUUAUAGUUUGUUUUAUAUUAGAAUAGAAAUUAUAUAAAUAUUAC